AGUGAAUAUUUGCCUUGAACUAGCUCAUUCUGGGACGACACUGCUCUUUGGGCUUUAUUGUGUUCUAAAUUUUUUUGGGAAUACCCUGGUUAAAUAAAUUACUUAGCCGAUUAUCCAGUAUAAUCCGAUGUCUUGAAAUAUAGUGAACAUCUCAUUCAAUAAUAUUUAACAUUCAUUUGCAGCCCUACACAAAAAUUCCCCCAGUAAAAUGUCAAAAAUUCAAAAAAUAACCACCGAAGAUUGGACGGACCUACCUCUUCACACGGUACUUUUUGAGUGGCUUAACAAGAAUGUUGCAAUUCCGUCGGACCUAAGCAAAUUUAUCGCUUAUAUUGCCAUGUUUAUAAUUCUCUGGUACACAAUAGUAUGGACGACAAGAUUUGUUAUUAGUAUUAUAUGGCCACUAUUCCUAAUUACCACAGCUAUUGUUGUAUUUCGAGUGCUGCAAUACUAUGAUUUAGAUGAACUGAUAGAUCUAAUAAAGCAUUCGUGUGCCUACGCUGCGGAUACAUUUGUAACGGCCAUGGCGAAGACGUUAGAAGUGAUUUUAAAAUUCUUUGAAUGAAUGGAUUUAAUUUCAAACUACUAUCCGAACUGCACAAAUGAGUUGGAGCCAAAAAGACAUAUGCUUCCUAUUCUUUUAUGCCAUUAAUAAGUACCUAAAAUUAUGUUUUUAUAAUGUAUUUUUUUUUUAAAUUAUAUUGAUGUAUAUAUAUAUAUUUUUGUAAAUUUGUUCAGUGUACAUUGGAAAUGUCUAAAUUUUUGCAUUGUAAAUAAAAUUUCCUUACCAAAAUUUUACAAAUACGAAA